UUCUUAUUCUUCUACGAAAGUGGGAAAUUUUUAGCUUUUUUGAACAAUUUUGGUGAAUUUCGUGAUUUUUGUGAUAAGAUAAAGGUGAUAAGCGCUAGUUAGAGUCUUUUGCAAGUCCCGUUGAGCUUCUCGUUGGAAAAUUAAACCUUCCCGACCAUAAAAACCACGCAAACUGCGUAAAAACUCAGUUUAGUGUAAAGUGGGAAUUUCCAAGUUAGUGCAAUAUUGCGUUUGUAAAAUAGUAAAUCCCCGACUAUUCUCCUCUCGAUACAUGCCAGAACCUUCUUCAGCUCGGAAAGAUGAAAAUCGCCUACCAAAUUUGCAAGUGUCUGCUAUCUUUCGUGCUCCUGCUGGUUUUUAUUCUGUUCAGCUUCGCCGCCCGCGUUCUAUUCGUUUAAGAAGGACACGGCUGGGUGUCCUUCCGGAUGUCCGGAACAGCUUCCGGCGCAGCUUAAUCUUCGUCUUUGUUCGAAACAAAGGAAUCACCACGGCCUUAUCGCUAAUCGGACGUUGCCACCGUUCCGGGUCGAUUCCGGGUCACGAUUCCAGGCAAUUUGCGCGACGAAAUGGUUUAAAUUUGGCGCUCACGGACUCAUGCGAACCAGUCGCUGAAAAUCGGGAAUGCUUCAGUGCUGAACUAGAAUGUCCGAAGAACAUGCCAUCAGGACCGCCGUCCAUACGAUCUAUCGCCAGCAGCAGGACCAACAGCAUCCACCAGGCCUGCUGAUGUAUCGCGGGCUGCCGGGAUACGGCAGCGGGCCUCCCCAAUCCACGCUUGCCAUGUCCCGGUCACAAUCGCAAUCUUUUAAUCGCAUGUAUAAUCUGUUGAGCGAGGAUCUCCUCGCUGGCUACAUGGAGCAGGGUCGCAUGUCCGUCGUGCGGAGGUUUUUCUGUCUCUUCGUUACAUUCGAUCUCGUGUUCAUCUCCUUGCUGUGGAUCAUCUGUGUUGUGAUCAAAGGACAAAACGUGCUCAGCGCACUGGAAGCUCAGGUUGUUCACUACACUGUCCAGUCCUCGCUGUUCGAUGUCGUUGCGGUGGCCUUUAUUAGAUUUAUUGUGCUAAUCCUAUGCUAUGGACUCUUGGGCAUAAGCCACUGGGUAGUGAUAGCGUUAUCAACAACCAGUUCCUGCGGUCUUCUCAUUUGCAAAGUUAUUCUUUACGAUUGGACCGCCACGUCUCAGCCGGUGUUUGAAGUGCUGCUGAUAGUCGUAUCGUUUGUGCUGGCAUGGAGUGAAGCCUGGUUUUUGGAUUGUCGCGUCAUACCACAGGAACGAUAUAUAAGCAACUAUUUGACUGCAACAGGUCCCACCUCGGUCGACGCUAAUACGCCACUGUUACAACCAUAUAUGACCAUUGCAGCCGGAGGGGAAAGUGUAGGAAACUUUUAUUCACCAUUCGAAUCGGCCCACAACAGUGAUGAAGAUGACGACGAAGAUGCCCAGGACGAUCAGUACAAGCAGAUGGGAUUGGAAUGCGUUCGCACGGCAUACGACCUGCUCGAAUCGGAUAACUGGAAGUUAGAAAAGACGACCAACAAGGGCGACACGAUCCACAGCUGCCAGGUGGAUCAACUCGGUAAGGUGUACAAAGUGACCGGCAUCAUUGACUAUCCGGCGGAGCGGUUGUUGAGGGAGCUAUUCUACAAAAUUGAGGACAUGCCGAAAUGGAACCAUUCGAUUAUCGUAUCUAAAAUUAUGCGAAAAAUUGACAGUCACACCGAUGUUACCUACCAAAGUACCACUGGCGGAGGUGGAGGAGUGGUAAAGUGUCGUGAAUUUGUUAAUCUACGCUGUUGGCGGGUUUGCCGUGGUGGUCAGGUUUGUGAACCAACCUAUGAAACGGAUGAACGGAGCGAACAGGACUCGGAAGAUGCUCAAAGCGGCACCGAGAGUAAUGGCCAUUAUGAGAGCAGUGGUGAUGUAGCCCCAGCAAUUGGUUCCUCGAAAAUGAGUCAAUCGCAUAGUGAAUUGAAGCUGAAAAGAGCAACGGACGAGACAGCAUUUAAGACGCUCAGUAAAAGCCUAGGGGCGCAGGAUUUUGCGGCCGAUGGCGCGAAAGAAGAUGGUCUGCCAAGUGUCUUGUUAGAGGAGGAAGCUAGCGCAAGAGAUAGACACAGUGAUCUAAAAUUCACCAAGGGAAGCAAGGUGUACGUUAGUGCGGCAACUAGUAUUGACCAUCCGGGUGUGGUGCUUACGACGAAAUUCAUUCGUGGUGAAAAUAAGAUUUCCUGUUGGGCGAUGCGUGAGCUGGAUAACCAAAAGGAUCGAUGCAUUUUCCAGUGGCUUCUGUGUCUGGAUCUAAAGGGGUACAUACCGCGAUACGUUCUAGACACUGCCUACACAACGCUGAUACAAGACUAUAUGAACUCAUUGCGAAAGCAUGUGGCCAAGCUGAGCCAACAAGCAAUUGUGUCUCCAAACAAUCAAUAGUAACCGAUGGCAUUUAUGAUGCACUGAAUCCUUUUUGUUGUAAUAUCUUUUUACCUAUCUUCCGCCAUGUCGAUUUGUUAAACGUUAUGCGUGUGGCGUGCAUCUGACAUUAAUAGUGCGCCUUGAAUCGGUCUUCUCUUUCCCUAAAGUAUCUAGAACCGUAUGUUAUUACCGUGAUACACAUCGCGACCGAAGGUGCUUCAUGGGAUGAAUUUUUCGUGUUCCAGCGACCGCGUUGUGCAUCUUGGAACUGAUUUUUUGUUUUAGUAAAUUAAGGGUGCGCAAAUUGAUAGUGAUAGCUAAGUUGCUGAAUGGUGAUUCCGUUGGUAUUCCAUCCUUCACCACGAAGAAAAGCGCCUGCCGGCCAUUGUCGGAGACCAAACACUUCAGGCUCCUCAUCUAUUCUCACACACGGCCUCAAACCCGCCUAAAUGCAAGUGAAAAGUCUGCAAAUAUUAGCCUUUAUUUUCAUAGACAGACACGGGCGAGAACAGCGUUCUGGGUUUUCGAACGUUCUUUUUUAUAUUCCUUAUCGAACACGAACACUACAAACACAACACACCGAAACGCGUACUAUAUUGGUAUAAUUUUAUUGUGAUAUAAAUAAAAACAUAAUACACAUUUCGUACAAGCUUUUACUGUUGUACUUGCUGCCAGUCAGAUAAAAGUGGUGCUUGAAACAAUAAUCGAAACAUCGUCUUAAUUGUGUCAUCUAGGCUAGCAUGGCGGCACAUCUUCAUUC